AUGUCUGAGACCUCGUUUGUGCCCGAGACUGAGCCGGCUGGAGGGGUCAGUCAGAGCGUCACAGUGUCCCUCCUUAGCGGACGCUCAGUGCAAGUUCCCGCAACGGCCAGCACGGUACUUGGUACGAUUAAAGUGGAGGCAGCUCGCCUGCUGGGUGUCUGCGUCGCGAAGUUGGUACACGCAGAUGGCUCGUCACUUGAUGAGCAGCAAACCCUGGCAGAUGCAGGCCUUGAUUUGGGGCAGACGCUACAAGUUCUGGUGCGCACAACAAUCGAGGUGGGAGACUUGGUGAAAGUUCAAGACGGAGUGACGCCAGCCUUUGGCUGGGGUUCUGUCAGUGCUGACGAGUGUGGGAAGGUUACCUCCAUCACAGGCGACAAUUGCAGUGUCCACUUUCCAAGACAUGCAGGAUGGAGUGGCAGACUCGAUCAGAUGGAACUGGUUGGGCCUGGGGAUCCGCCAAAACCACCGGUGAGCAAACCACCACAGGCGAUUGAUGUUGGGUACCUAGUGAGAGUCCGAGACGGAGUGAUACCGUCCUAUGGCUGGGGUGACACCACGCCCGGCGAUGUUGGGAAAGUUGUCUCCGUAAGUGGCGAGAAUGUCAACGUCAACUUUACAAGCCAGUCAGGAUGGAGUGGUCGUCUCGACGAGAUGGAGGUG